AUGACUCGCGUGUUUAAUGUAGAGAAAUUAUUAAAACAAAUUGUGAAUUCAGUUAGAGAUGAUUUACGCGAGAGUCUUGAUAUGAAUGAACUGCAGAAUCUAGUUCGUGAGACUUUGUAUGAAAAGAAGUAUUUGCUUGUUUUAGAUGAUGUGUGGAAUGAGGACACAAUGAAGUGGGAUGACUUGAAGAAAUUGUUGAUGGUGGGUGCUUUUGGAAGCAAGAUUCUUGUGACUACGAGGAAUGAGGCAGUAGCUUCGAUAAUGGGGACGAUUCCUGCAUACUGUUUGAAGGGUUUAUCAAGUGAAGAUUGUCUGACUGUGUUCUUGAGAAAGGCCUUUGAACAAGGUCAAGAAGUGCUAUAUCCAAAUCUCGUCGGGAUUGCAUCAGAUAUAGUGCAGAAUUGUGAGGGAAAUCCCUUACUCUUAAUGACUUUAGGAUCUUCAUUACACAUGGAAACUAACGAAUGGGAGUGGCAUGAAGUUAAAAAUCAUGAGAUGUGGAACUCAAAGCAGAAUGACAAUAUUUUACCUGCAUUAAAAGUGAGCUACGAGCGAUUACCAUCUAAUCUAAAAGUUUGUCUUGCUUACUGCUCAGUAUUUCCCAAAGGCUGUGUGAUUGAAAUAGAUAAACUGAUACAGUUGUGGGUAGCAGAAGGUCUCGUUAGUAAGUCUAAUGAGUCAGAAGAUCUUGAGCACAUUGGGAUUCAAUAUUUCCAAGAGUUAUUGUCGAGAUCCUUUUUUCAAGACGUUGAAGAAUAUCGUUCUGUGUUUACCUCACUCUGUAAAUUGCAUGACCUUGUACAUGAUCUUGCACUGUCAGCAGCAGGGGUUGAAUUUUGUACCGUAAAUUCUCACACGCAAAUCAUUUCUGAUGAGGCCAGGCAUGUGGCAUUUUCUGACUAUGAUUUGUCAGCAGCGGAACUGCCAGCAUCCCUUCUCAAUAACCAGACAUUGAGGACCAUAUCCUUCUCUGUUGAUGGAGUAGGACCGAUGAGUACAAUGUUCAUCGAGAACUGCAUAGCAAGAUUCGUGCAACUUAGGGUGCUAGAUAUAAGUCAUUCAUGUUUCGAUGAGCUGCCUCGCUCUGUUGGCGAAUUGAAGUACUUGAGAUAUCUUGACAUAAAUUCCAAUGGCAGCAUUAAAGAAUUACCUGAUUCGAUUAACAAGUUACUGAGCUUACAGACACUUCGACUUUCUCAUUGUGCACAACUUGAAGGAUUACCUAAAGAUAUAGGAAAUUUGAUCAGCCUAAGACACUUGCAUAUAACCACCAAGCAAACAUGUUUUCCUGAUAAAGCAAUUGGCUGUUUAUCAUCUCUUCGUUCUUUGUAUAUUCAUAGCUGCACGAAUCUCGUAUCUUUGUCUGAAGGCCUGCAAUAUCUGACUAGCCUUCGCACGUUGGCAAUUAUUGGUUGCCCAAGACUGACCUUUUUCCCAAGUACUAUGAAACACCUUACUGCUCUGGAGAAUCUGUUGAUCGUUGACUGUGAAGAGCUUACAUUGUUGGAGUGGCAAGAUAUUGAAGGACUUAGGAUGAUCCGGUCAUUGGUUAUUGGAGGCUUACCCGAAUUGGAGUCAAAAGAUGUUCAACGCCUCGGGAACCUCCAGAUGUUGGUGCUUGCAGGGUUACCACAGUUAGUUGCUUUGCCCCGAUGGCUUGAAGGUGCAAGUGCGACUCUACAGUACCUGAGGGUGGAAAGGUGUCCCAAUUUUGCAGCAUUGCCAAAGUGGCUGGAAAAUCUAAUCGCACUUGAAAAACUUGAAAUUUCCAAGUGCGGUAAGUUAUCUUCAUUGCCCGAGGGGAUGAGUUGCCUCACGAACCUGAAGCCUUUUGCAUCUGAUAAUCACGUAAAGCACGUGGCGUCAUCACAGCCAGAGCUAAUAGAGCCCGGUAGUCUGUAUACUCCUUCCAAGGAAAAGCUCAAAGGAUCAGGAAAGUUGAUGGUACCAUCAGAUUUGGAACCAAGAGAAUACAUGAUUAAGCGGAAGGGGAGCCUUGACGUAACUGAUAAAGUUACUGCCAUGUGA